AUGGAACCAACUUUGGAUGCGUCUUUGGUCGCGCAGUCCAUAAAUUAUCAUGGACAGCAGCUACAAAAAACGUGGGAGGCCGAACGAGGUGAAGAUGAUUUAUCCAAGAUUGGUGUGGGGCCUUUAGACUUUGCUGUUUACCAGUCCAGGCACAAGCAUUUGACUUUCCAAGACAGAGGGAAGAGACUCAAAUUACAUCAGUUCAUCGCGAAGGAAGCAUCAGCAUUAUUCGAUGCAUCUCUACUGGAUGAAACUCCGUCAUCAUCCAGCGUUAGCGCUGAAGCUCCUACACCAGAAGACAAUCUAUUUGCACUGAUGCCGCCAUUUGAAACAUUUUUACAUGUUGACAAAUCAGCCAGGCUGAGACAUUUUUUUGAUAAUGUGAAAACUGGGGAGCUGAUAAUAGGUGCUGUUAUCAACAGAACUGCUUCAGGGAUGAUGCUUAAGGUGCUAUGUACUGCCGGACCUACUUCUAGAUAUGUUGCUGACAUCAAUGUUAAGGCAUUCUUACCUGUUGCUAAUAUCAUACCAGCGGUGGACAAGAAAAAUGUAUCGAGAAACUACCUGAUGAAUGAUACUGUGUGCUGUGAAGUAAUUGAAGUUAUUCCCGACACUGACAAAAUGGUGUGCGGCAUGAAGGGUGUUACUCGGAAGCCUGAAGACCCUCCACCGAAGCCUCCGCUAGGCCUCCUCAGCACUGACGACUUUCCUUUGAUAUACAAUAAUUGUGGAAUGACUCGCAUCAAAAAUGAAGGCAAUGAGGCAAUCUUCUUAGAUGUUCUUGAAAUUUAUUUAUUAAUUUUUAACAGGAAAACUAUGGAAAUGAAGGGAGAGAGUUAUGAAGCUAUUUUGGAGAAGAGCCCAGGAUUCAAUAAUCCUAACUGCGUCCAAUACCUCUCAGAACUUCUUGGCAUAUCAAAUAUGCACUGCAGCAACUUUUCAACAUUAAGGGGAGGAUUUCCAACUACAGAAUAUGCUGAUGAACUCCGUCAAGCUCAAGCAAGCAAGUGGGCGUUCCGGUCAGUAGCUGAAGGAAUUGAGCACUUUAAAGCAGGAAGGCAUUCAGAAGCAUUUCAAUGUCUCAAUAAAGCACUCAGCAUUGAUCCCCGAAACGUGGAAGGACUUGUUGCGAGAGGUGCUCUCUAUGCCAAUAGUGGGACAUUCAAGAAAGCCAUAGAAGACUUUGAAACUUCUCUAAAACUUAACCCUAACCAUGCAAAUGCACGCAAAUAUUUGGGAGAAACUCUAGUCGCUCUCGGCCGUAGCUAUGAAGAUGAGAACAAAAUAGCUGAAGCCCAGAAAGCUUACGAAGAUUGUUUGGCGAUUAUACCAUUCCAUGAGGAGGCUCAGAAUUCAUUGGACUUUCUGAAGAGUAAGACGUCUACCACCAAGCCGUUGAUAGAGCCGGCCGAGUUACUUCUGCCUGGAUUGACUGGGGCUAAGUCGUUUGAGAUGAAGGAAACACUGAAGCAGUUGUUGAAUCUUACGGAGAAGAAGGAAAAGAAGAAGAAGAAGAAGCGUGGGAAAGGAAAAAAGAAACGAUCCAGUAGUUCCUCAUCGUCUUCGAGUGACUCAUCGAGCUCAAGCUCUUCAUCAGAGUCAUCAUCUUCAUCAACGGAAUCAAGUGGUUCAGAGGGUCCAAAUAGGAAGAAGAAACGUCGCUCGCAGUCUAACAACAAGCGGCAGAGGUCGCUGUCGCCUCUGAGCAAGCGUAUGGCUAUGUUGGGAGACGCUGAGUCGGCGUCACGUACACACAACUCACAGUUCAAUCAUCCCUACGGCUAUCAGCCGCCGCCGCCCGCAGAGGAACCCGCCGCGCCUGGCAGGUCUCAGGCGGAUAUUGAUUAUGAAUUAAAGGUACGAAAGUUCCUGGAUAUGACGAAAGAAGAUUCUGAUUAUGAAGAGAAGGUUCGGAACUUCUUGGAAGAGACGGCGCAAUAUAAACGGAAUAGAAAAAUGCAAGAGCUCGGUCAGCAGACACAACCGGGCGCUGAACAUGACAAGAAGAAGAAACGAAAGAAGGAUAAGAAAAAGAAGAAGGAAUCAAAACGCAAACGCAAAGAACAGGAGAGAGAAGAAAAACGAAAAAAUAAGAUUGCUCGUAUGUCAAACAGUUCGGAUUAUAAUCUGCGUGAUAUAGAAAAUAUUGGUGAUAAAAAACUAAGAGAUGCUAUAAGGAAAGAAUUGAAAGGAAAAUCGAAGAGGGAUCACAGUUCAGAUGGUGAAUAUGAAAGGAAACACAAUGAAAAGAGUCGCAUACUUGAUGAAAUGCAUGGAUUGGAAGAGCUUGAAUCUAAACUGAGUGCGUACCAUGUGAUGGUUGAAAAGGAAAUCGGUAAACGAGACAGAUCUCUCAGUCCGCUCGACCAGGUGCCCCCGCCGCCGCUUGACAAGCCCAAGUGGAAAAUGUCAAUGAACGCUGUCAAAGAAACGGUCAAGAAGAAGGAUACUCCAGUACAAAAAGGAUAUAAGGAGCGUUAUGCAUUUGAAGAUAGCUCUGAUGACUCCCAAGAUCCUCGCAAGCCGUCACCAUCGAGCGGCGACAAGAACGUGUCUGUUCGUCGCGCGAUGGCCAUGUCUAUGAAGGAGCCGCCGCCGUUGCCUUCAGCCCCGCCUCCCAAGAGCAGCCGCGAGCCAGACCCGCCCGGCACCGACCCGCCGCACUCACAUCAACACCCACACACGCACCCGCACCCACAUCAACACCCUCCACACGCACCCCCGGUGCGUAAAGGUAAUAUAGUGCUGGACAAGUUUGGAUCAUUCCGAUUGGCUCAAGAAGGUGAGACACCGGUGUCUGUAGGGGACGGCCGACCGGAACAGUUCGUGACCCGCAUCAAGCCGCCCACACCCUCACAACGGAGACCUCGCUCACCUCCAUCACCUAGGAGAAGAUCAUCCAACUCCUCUGACGAUAGACGUUCAGCCAAACGAUCUAGAAGCCGUUCCAUGCCACGGAAGUAUCGUUCCCGUUCCGGAUCCCGUUCUCGUUCCGGUUCCAGCGCGAGUGGCUCGGUGGCGUCUCGCCGCAGUCGCACUGUGUCUCCAAGAUAUCGCUCCAGAUCUGAUUCCUACUCACGAAGCAGAUCACGAUCUCGAUCGGGAUCACGCGACAGAAAUCGACGCAUGAAUCGCCGUGGUAAUUGGCGCGGACGCGGCGGUUUCGAGCGUGGCACCUACUACCGUCCGCGCUUCCACACUUACAACGGUGGCGGGAACCGUGGCAGGGGACGCGGGGACUUCCGCAGGGACGACGGACGACGGUUCCAACACGAGUGGAGAGAUAACCGCUCGCGAGGAGGACGGCCCUUCAGACCUAGGAGAGGAGGCGGCGGACGAGGCAGACCAUUCAGGGGUGGCUUCCGUGACUUCCGCGACAGACGCGGCGGUAGAUACUCCCGCUCCCGCAGCCCUGACAGAACACGCAGGUCGAGGUCAUACAGCCCGGAGAGGAGGGACAAGGACAGAGACAGCCGUUACAGCUUCUCUCGUUAUUCUGAACGCGACAGCCACCGUAGUGAAGGAGAGUACGAGGAGGAGCGUUACGUGGACAGGAAGGAGUAUGACGGGAAGUGGGCGGACGGGAACGAACCGGAACGAGCACACGCCGAGGAGAAGACGGAGGAACCGCCUAAAGAAUAG